AGAUAUAAAGAUCGUCAUUUGGAGGGGGUAGCACUCAAGGUCAGAGUCAGCAAAUCCUCCUCUAAAAAUAGACUCCAGUUGCAAAGCUAGUAAGGUUUCUUUUGUCGUUCUGCUGCACUUCACAGGACCCGCUUACCUACAGCGCCCAUCUAAGCUUACAGUUUCUUGCACAUCCCAAGAGCACUAUCCCAUGGACAAAAUGUCAUCAGGAAGUUGGAAUGCUGCGAAGAAAAAUGCAUACACAGCGAUCAAAGUAGACCCUGAAGAGGACUACUGUACCCCAGGGGCAUUUGAACUGGAACGACUCCUCUGGAAGGGAUGCCCACAGUACACCCACGUCAAUGAAGUCUGGCCCAACCUCUACAUAGGAGAUGAAAAAACUGCAUUAGAUCGCUACAGCCUGGAGAAGGAGGGAUUCACCCACAUCCUCAACGCGGCCCACGGUCAGCGGAAUGUGGACACGGGACCAGAGUAUUAUCACAACAUGGCUGUGGAGUACCAUGGAGUGGAAGCAGAUGAUCUCCCCACUUUCAACCUCAGCCAGUUCUUUUACUCAGCUUCUAAAUUCAUUGAUAAUGCGCUUCAGGAUGAAAGAAACAAGGUUCUGGUUCACUGUGCCAUGGGCCGCAGCCGCUCAGCCACGCUGGUCUUGGCUUACCUGAUGAUUUACAAGAAUAUGACAGUCGUGGAUGCCAUUGAGCAAGUGUCAAGACACCGGUGCAUCUUGCCAAACCGGGGCUUCUUGAAGCAGCUGAGGGAACUGGACAUAGCGCUGGCACUGCAGAGGAGGAACAGCAAAAACAGCCUACCACCUGACGACAAGCAGAACAGCACCACCAUCUAGUAUUGCUCCUGGCAGGGUUGUGCUACUGGAAAAGAAACUCCAUAGAAGGA